AUGGCGACGCUCACUCGGAGGCUGCAUUUUUACAAAAAUGACGUGACGCGGGGCUACACCAACCCGAUGCGGCGCUGGGUGUACCACUACCUGCUCGGAGGUCUUGCACUCGGCGGAGGGGUUUAUCUGUGGGGGCAGUACCAGCUCGCCGCGUGGGAGGCGCUGCGGCAUCCUGACCGGGGCAAUCGUCUCUGCUCCGCUGGCACCUUGGAGCUGCUGAUGCUCCUCCCCUUCAAUUACGCGUCGCACGCGUUUGGACGUCUUAGUGAGAGCGUCUACUUCACGGAGUCCGCUCACCGCCUGCUCAUUAAGGCCGUCGUGUGGUGGUACAACGUCGACACCUCCGAUGGGAAGCGGCGAGACUUUGCCACCCUUCAAGACUUCUUUGUGCGGGAGUGGGGCAGUGAGGCGCGUCCGCUAGCCUCGGCCCCUGUGACGCUGCCCGCAGACGGGGUUGUGCUCUCCGUUCAGGAAGACGUUCUGGAGGAGCAGCUGGUUCAGGUGAAGGGGAUGACGUACAGCAUCCGGCAACUUUUUCAUAGCUCCAUGUCUCCGGUGGCGGAGGGACAAAAACGAGUGGCCAUCGUUGUGCACUUGCGCACACAGGACUACCACCACGUUAUUGUCCCAUGCUCAUUCAACUGUAGCGAGGUUGUGUACAUUCCUGGGGCGUUGCUUCCCCACACACCGGCGGGCUUUCACUGGAUUCCCUCUGUCUUGCCCCUCAACGAGCGCGUGGUGCUUUUGGGGCAGGUUCACGAUGGUGACUUGCGUGGAAGCAUCGGGAUCGCGAUGGUGGGCGGCACACUGACAGGCCGCAUCGCACUCCACUUUGACGGUCGUAUUAAAACUAAUUUCUUAAGCCCACCAGAGUAUGCCGUUCACCGGCGAUACAGCAGCGAUCCGUUGCUUCGUAAGGGGGACCCGCUUGCAACGUUUUACUGGGGCUCCGCUGUUGCCCUUGUGGUAGAUGUGCCGCGGGAGAGCUUGGUCACCGUCAAGGCUGGGGAUCUGGUGAAGGCUGGGGCAAAACUGAUCACAUACUAA